CUGCACCAGCAAAACAACAUCGUACCGUGUUAGUAACACUGUAACCCCCAUAUCAGCUAUCCAAAAAAAUCCCAAUCCUUGCACUAGUUGUAGUAGCAGGUUGAUGACCUUGGAGACCGCUCCCCUCCUCGUUGCUCAUUUUGUGGUCUGUUUUCCCAGGGGCCAGGAUCUUGCUGCUCGAGGACUGCCACCAACUCCCACCACCGUGCUGAUCCUCCCACUCCUUCAACCACUCCCCGACAAACUCGACACUAAAGCUCUGUGCCUCCCGGACGGGCUGCGGCGGCAAGUCAGGGGUAGCUGGUCAUCUGUGAUAGUUAGCGACUACGUCCAUGUCGAUUCUCGACCCCCUUAUCGUGAGUUCUAGAUCAUGUUCUAGUUGGAAGGGCUCUGCAAACACUUGGAGGUCGGCUGGCAACAGAGUCGUCAAUACCAGAGAAAGCACGGGAUAUCAUCACAUCGGCAUAGCCUCAGAAGAUAAACAGAUAAUCGAUUUACUGGUCUGGACUACCA